AUGGCUAUGCCAAGUAAUAAGUCACCAGGACCAGAUAAAAUAGGCAUGCGUGUCAUCAAAGACUGUCUUCCAAUCAUACUGGGUCCUCUUAUGCAUAUGAUAAAUUGCUCUCUAAUGACAAGCACAUUCCCUGACCUAUGGAAGAUUUCUGAAGUUAUACCCCCACUAAAAGAAGGAGACCACGAGAUAGCCUCAAACAAUCGGCCUCUCUCACUACUCGAGGUAGUUUUAAAAGUUUGUGAAAAAGUUGUUCUAAAUCAAUUUAGCUCCUACCUCAAAGAAUUUAAUCGCAUAUCGUCACAUCAAAGCGGGAAUAGGAGUCUUCACUCCACCGAAACCUUAAACAUAUUUGUUACCGGUACGAUGUUGGAAGCCAUAGACAACAAAAAUCUAACGGCACUAAUUUUAUUGGAUUUAUCCAAGGCAUUUGACAGUGUCAGUCAUUCGAUUUUAUUACACAAAUUGAGUUGUAUCGGUGCUUCACCCGAACCUGUUAAAUGGUUCCAAGACUAUUUAACAGGCAGAUCCCAAUACGUGCGCAUUGGAUCCACCAAGUCAUCAGCUCGCCCGAUAACCCAUGGCGUUCCACAAGGUGCAAUACUAUCACCACUUCUGUUUUGCAUCUAUAUUAAUGAUCUGCCAGGGAGCAUACAAUCGUGUAACCUUGAUUCAUACGUAGACGACUCAAAGCUUUACAAAUCAUUCUGCAUCUACGACUUGGAACAGACAACUAUCAAUUUAGAGGCAGAUCUACAAAUAGCAGCCAAGUGGUGUUUGGAGCACCAAUUACUGAUCAAUCCAGAAAAAACUAAAUUCCUUGUAGUCGGUUCAAGACCCAUGCUGCAGAACGUACCUACAGAAAUAUCGCUAACAUUUUUAGGAAAGACUAUAAGACCUGUUUUAUUAGCUAAAGAUUUGGGAAUCAAUUUGGAUUCGUACCUAUCCUACGACGACCACAUAUCUAAACUCGUUUCGUCGUGUAUGAGAAAACUAUGUCAAAUAAAUCGCGUGAAGGAUAGUUUCGAUAAUGAAACAUUAAAAUUGGUCAUUGAGACACUUGUAAUUAACAAGCUUCUGUACUGCUCUACGGUGUGGUCCAACACGUCAUCUAACAAUAUCAAUAAACUUCAAUCAGUGCAGAACUUCGCGUGCAGAGUUAUAUCAGAGGUAGGAAAGUUCGAUCACAUAACUCCGGCGUUGCGCGAACUAAAUUGGUUGCCAGUGGAAAAGUUAUUAUUGGAAAGGGAUACUGUAAUGGCUUACAAGUGUUUUAAUGGACUUGCACCUGACUACCUAGUAGAUAGAUUUAUAAAGCGUUCCGACAUACAUGAUCGAUCGACAAGAAAUCAUGACCUCUUGGACAUCCCUCUGUAUAAAUCUGCUGCAGGUCAAAGAACAUUUAAUUACCGGGGUGUUAAAAUAUGGAAUGACUUGGAUGACAAACUAAAAAAUAUUACAUCAAUAACAAUUUUUAAGAAAAAACUUAGGGAGAUUUUACUAAAAGAAUCCUAUUAA